AUGACGGUAAAAACAGGAUGGGCCAAGGAGGCAUCGGAGGCUGAGUUAACAAGAGCAUUGCAGUUGUUAGAUGUUGAUAUUCUUGUAAAAUCUGUUGCUUCCUUAUUGCUUGAACGUCGUAUUUUGUUAUUUUCUUCUUCUACCAGUAACCUUUAUCAGUGCUGUAAAGCAGUGUCUUCUUUGCUGUAUCCAUUUGAAUGGCCGCAUAUGAUUGUUCCUGUUCUUCCUAAUUGUUUAACAGUUCAGUGUUGCUCAGAUUCACCUUAUAUUCUUGGAAUUUUAACAAACAGUUGUAGUACGGUUUUGGAAUUGCUUUCAGAACAUGAACUGCUGAUUAUUGAUGUUGAUAAAGGAUCCAUAUUAAAAGCUUGCAAUGAUGAAGAUACCAUUCUACCAAGAAAAGUACAGAAAGCUGUAAUUACUGCUUUGAAUCUUGCUAAAAAUAUGACAGUUGGUCCCAGCAUUCCUUGGAAACAACUGUGCUCAGUUGCAGCUGUGUAGGUAACUUGUAUGGUCUGUUCUGUGUCUUUCAAAUGUUGAAGAGUAUCGACUCCCCCGCUUCAGUUGCAGCGAAAAUUCUUGAGAACAGACACAAUCUCUUUCAAACAAAUUUUUUGAAGUGUCUAGUCUAGGACUUGAAAACAGCUGUCACCUCUUGGUUAUCGGAGCAGGUGGCAAGUUUCUAUGAAGAGGGUAUUAAAAAUUUAGU